CCCUUGCGGCUUUCGUCCUUUGAGUUGAAUUGGUCUCUUCAUUCUUUUCGCUGGGCCUUUCUUGACCCAAUCUUCUCACACCUGGUGACGGGCCUCGCUGCUGGCUAUUGUAAGAUAUAGCAAGUCACAUUGGCCGUUUGAUGAAGACCGUGGUCAUUGGGCACCAACCGACACCGUUCACUUAGGGUCAUCUCAAUGCCAUCGGUGUGACCGCCAGGAUCUUGUGCAGUAUCAUUCGAUCUGGGGCAGCGAAUACUGAACCAAUACUGGCCUGGACCAUACGACCCAUUGGACCUGGACAGGUUCCCACGAUGUACUAUAUUCUCUAUCUUGCCAGUCUCUGCCGACGGCGCCGCUGGCCGGAACCUCUCUACGAAUCAUAUAGCGGCGCUACCGGGUAUACGUGCAUUGUCCGAGUCAACAAUCGCGAGUACCAGACGGACGCUGUCUAUGAGUCGGACACCCUGGCUCGGGAAAAUGCAGCGAUGCGGGCCUACCUGAUUUGCCGCAACUUCUCCGUCAACGACGGCAUGUACCCUGCCGGGCACGACCACGGCGGUGUCAUCCAGGGCAUUCCGGUCGCCAUUGGCACCGGACGCAAAGUCCGGUAUGGGGUGGACGACGCGGACACCUCGACCAGUGGAGAGAGCCGAAGUAGUGGCGGCAGCAGCAGCCCGGAGAGCUAUGGAGGGGAUUGCGACCGGCAAGCGGCAAUGGGCCCGUCUCGAGCGUUGGCGUUUAGUCGGUAGGUUGCUUCUGGGGUGAGGAAGGGAGGGGAUUGAUGGGG